AUGGAGUGGAAGAUCCUGGCCAUCGAUGCCUCAAUCCUCAUACAUCAGUUCCACUGUGCAGUGCCGACGAUCACCAACCAUAAAGGAGAUGAGAUCAGCGUUCUUCAGGGUCUCUUCCAGCGCACGGUCUUCAUGCUGCAGAAUGGGAUCAAACCACUAUAUGUAUUUGAUGGGAUCCCACCAGAAAACAAGCGCUUCAAAGACACGAAAGAUGGAAAUGUCCAGUUUAGAAGAAGAAUAAACCCUGCACCAACUAUAGGGUCAGACAAGUGGAAAGACCUGAAGACUCUGCUGAAUUAUCUUGGUGUCCCCUUCAUACAGGCUCCCAGUGAAGCAGAAGCCACCUGCGCCCAUCUGGUGCUGAAGAAUGUGGCAUGGGGGGCAGUGACCGAGGACAUGGAUGCUCUGCCAUUCAGCUGCCACCGCCUCAUCCGGAACCUAAAGGCCGAGAAGAAGAUAAAAGUUCAAGAAUAUAAUUUGGAUGAAAUUUGGAAGCAGCUGAACCUGAGCAGAGAACAGUUUGUUGACCUGUGCAUCCUCCUGGGAUGUGACUACACCAGUAAGAUCAAAGGUCUGGGGAGAAAGAAAGCCUUGAAGAUGAUUCGGGAAUACAAGAGCAUUGAAGGAAUUGUGAGGGUUAAAUCCCAGGAGCAGAUUCCUCCCGACUUCGAUUAUGUUACAGCUCGCAGACAGUUUUUGAGUCCGGUUGUCGCUGAGGUUAACCUGGAAGAUCUAAAGUGGACAAAGCCAGACGAUGAUAAAAUCCGUCAUUUUUUGUGCCGGGAGAAGCACAUGAGAGAGGUCAGAGUCAACAGUGUCCUACAAAAGCUUCAUCCACCUAAGAAACAAAAAACACAAAAAAGAAAAUCCACUGCGACUGAAGUUUCUCCAAACAAACAAACGAAAAUGAGCGAGUUCUACCCAGCAAAGAAGAUGGUGCAUCCAAAUAAGUCUACCCCUGGAGGCCCGUAUCCUCAGUGCAGUGAUGUCAGAGGGAUCGAUCGGCUGCAGCCAUGAGGGACAUGGAUCUAUGACCUAGAAAUCUUCAUGUCUGUGAUCUGGAGGGGGUGAAGGACAGAUGCCCUCUGCUUUGGAUAUAUUGUCAGAGCCUUCUUAAAGGAGAACUCCUCUCACCCCUGACUCUCCAUGGUGUUCACUGGAGCCCCCCGCACCCAGGCUGUGACUGUCCGGAGGGUCUUACACUGUGGUGGGCUGUACUUUGUAGUGACACACAUAUUUUCACACCAGCAGAUGAUGGGACAGAAAUGAUAGAACAUAUAAAGGUUUUUUAUGUGUAUAGUA